CUGGCUUCCUCGGUGCGGCUGAGGCCUGAGGGAAGGGGGCGGCGGCGGCUGUGUUGGCAGCGGCGGCGAUCUCCGUUGGCGGGUUCUGAAAAACAGCUGGUCAUGAACUGGUCUGUUUGUGCUUCCUGACAGAAGAUUGGUGCUGAGGAGAAGGAUCUGUGGUGAUCUGCAAUCAUAUUAGCAGAAAUUUUAACAACAUCUGUUGCCUUUGGAGUUGGAGAUUUGCAGCCUCCAACCAGAUACUUACCAUUUCCUGCCUUGAUGCAAAACAGCAUUUGAGUUGCACCUUCCACCCUCAGUUUGAGGGACUCUAGUUUCUUUGCUGUGUAACUGAACACUAAGUACAGGAAAAAAAAUCUAUUAUGUCUAAGAAGCAAAACCAAAAAGAUUCAUCAGGGUUUAUUUUUGAUGUGCAGUCCAAUACUGUGAUGGCCCAAGGAGGUACCUUUGAAAACAUGAAAGAAAAGAUCACUGCCGUGCGAGCGAUAGUCCCCAACCGCAGCAACAAUGAAAUCAUACUAGUGCUGCAGCACUUUGAUAACUGUGUAGACCGAACAGUGCAGGCUUUUAUGGAAGGCAGUGCCAGUGCAGUAUUGAAAGAAUGGACAGUUACAGGCAAGAAAAAGAACAAAAAGAAGAAAACCAAACCAAAACCUCCUGCAGAAUCAAGUGCCGGCCCCCUUGACCCCAGCAAACCUGUGUCCGCGGAAGAGGAACAGGCUGCAGCCUCCUCCGAGAAGGGCGGGAUCAAUGGUUACCAUGUCAACGGCUCAGUCAAUGACACAGAAUCUGUGGACUCUCUCAGCGAAGGUUUGGAUACUCUUUCCAUAGAUGCCAGAGAGUCGGAGGAAAGUGAACCUGCUGCUCCAGAGGGGCCUGACCGAGCAGCAACAUUUGAGUUAGAAAACCGCCUAGCAGACUUCAGUCCAAAGUCUGCCCAGAACACCCCGUCUCUCCGAGCGCAUCAUGAGCGGAGGAGCCCCAGCAAGCCAUUCUCCAGAUCCGCAUCGAGCAGCCAGUCAACUGUUCCUUCAUCUCUAGCAAUGCUAGAUGAGAUCCCUGUGUCCUCUGGGAACAAAAAGCAAGGUUCCAAUAUCGAGAAGUCUGUGAAGGACCUCCAGCGAUGCACCGUCUCACUGGCUCGGUAUCGAGUGGUAGUUAAAGAAGAAAUGGACGCCUCCAUUAAGAAGAUGAAGCAAGCUUUUGCUGAGCUGCAGAGUUGCCUCAUGGAUCGUGAAGUAGCCCUUUUAGGCGAAAUGGACAAAGUGAAGGCGGAAGCAAUGGAAAUCUUAAGCAGCCGACAGAAGAAGGCGGAGGCAUUGAAGAAGCUGACUGAUGUGGCAGUCCGAAUGUCAGAGGAGCAAUUGGUAGAGCUUCGAGCUGACAUCAAGCACUUUGUCAGUGAGCGCAAGUAUGAUGAAGAUCUUGGCCGGGUGGCCCGUUUCACCUGUGACCUAGACGGGCUCAAGAGGAGUGUUGACUCCUUUGGACAAGUUUCCCAUCCGAAAAACAGUUACUCAACCAGAUCGCGAUGCAGCUCCGUCACGUCCGUCCCCCUGAGCAGCCCAGAUGAAUCUACCACCCCAGAGUGUGCCUCUGCUUCUGCUCCAAGCCUUACAACAGCCAAUAAGAAACAACCCUCCCCGGUCGAAGCACCUGCCAGUGCAGCAAACCGCCCGUACCAGCCCUACCGUGAGGGGGUCCAGGGUAACAGACGGCCCGGCCAAGGCUACAGGCCCCAAGGACAACGCCAGAAUGGGGCCCUGCACCCCAGUUCGAAUCGGUACAGAAACGGGCCUUGGUACCAGUCAAGCUCCCGGUCCAGGCCUCCUCCUGGAAACACAGCCCACCUCAGCCAGACUUAUUCCCCAGGAACCAAUGGGGCUGGGACUGGUCCUGGUCCUGAGGCAGGUCCGCCAGCCCCAACUGCACACGGGCACGUGGGCACCCCCGGCAAAGAAGUCAAGGCUCUCCCACAGCGGAAACCGCGGCCAAGCCAAUAUGACGUGGCCAGUUCUUGAGGACCAUGAACUCUCUCCGCCUUCCGAAACUGGAUGACAGGAUUGUAGGACACACCUAGUUAGAGAUAUUAACAAAGGAAAGUUUACACUUGCUGUCCCUGUGCCACUUCUCUUCCCUGAUCAUUCCUUCCUGGGAAAGCAGCUUCCUUUUGCUUCUCCUCUUCCUGCUUCCUGCCAUGUGACCUGGGUCAGGCUCUCGUGGGAAAGUGCGCACUCAGGCUGUCAGGCCUGGCCUGGGCAAACCUCACCGCUGCUGCCUCCUUUGCAGUCUGUGGCUCCUCCUUAUUCUGAUGCCGUCCUCAAACAUUGGCCAAGUCUCAGCCUAAAAGCAAAAGGAUGAGAGAGGGGUGUCUUCCAAGAGCCCCAGUUUGAAAGCCUCUGGAACGUCCCCUCCCCAUACACCCCAGUGCUGCUAGCCAGGCCUGACUCCUAACAGCAAAGCUAUUCAUGCUGGCAAUGAAACAAAUUGCUGUGAAUUGUGAGCCCAGAAUGAGAAAUUCAAGUGGGAGGAGCCAUGAGAGAGACUGCUGGGAUGGUUUUUCUUCCUACAUCUUACCUAAAUACUAUACUUGGGGAAAUGGGGCUUUGGGUGCUUCUUCCACCACAAAAUGGGAGAGACUCAGUCCUCCUGAGAGAAGCAGCAUUCUGUCUGUACGUCAUGUAUAAAUUUAGAUGUUCCCUACUUCUGUGUUUGACAGAUGGGAGGUUUCAUUUGUUCGCCUCCUAGCCACGAUCCCAACAUCUGAUCCUACACUAAAUUUCUAGCGACUUAAUUAGCAGUGCUAAUCCUAGGUGAUCUCAAGCAAAAACAAAAACUGCUGCAGUCUUUCUCUGUCCUUGUAUAAAUAAAAAUGACGUACAUGUUAAAAGAU